AUGGAGAAGGCAGAAAUCAGGCGGAACUAUGAAGGAGCAAAGAACAAGAAGGUGAGGGGAAGGGAAGAGACUGCUCAACAACUGUUAUCGUCGUUAUCCUUGUCACAAUCACCUCCUUUCCCCCAGUUUGGUGCUACCGGUACGUACCCGGUACCUGCUUUUGAACCGCCGUUCUGUGACCAAAACCCAAGCGCGAGAUCAAUGAUGGCUACGGUUACCGAGUUAUACUUUUUCAUCCGACAUGGAUUCAAACGUCACCCAUGGCUACUUUCACAUGGACACCCUUUAAAACUUGAAUCCCCCACCGCCGAAUGGAACUGCGCAGAGCACUACAGAAAAUGCGAUUCCUGUCCUAUGUCCCAAAGUGACCCUGACAUUGCCGGCAUUGGUCCGCGCAAACUCAUCGUCAACACUAGCUCCACAACUGCAAAGGUUUACGCCUGGGUUGGAGAAACCGUCACAAAGAUUAUCGGAACAAAGCACGCUGUCCGGUGCGCCAAGAUAUGCUACGACAUGAUCAUCUGUUUGGGUGAUCAACAAUUAGUCGGCUCGGUCGGUCUACUGGUAGCAACCAUCAAAAAGCUUCAUUUCGACAAGACCCUCAGCGCCUACCAUUUCCAGCUUGUCUUGUGCAUGGUGUCCCUCAGCUCUACCGCUUUUACCUUCUCCAUGAUCUGUUACUGCUUGAGGCAUCAACGGAUCGAGGAUGACGGUUGUACACGGCGCCGACAACCCCAGCAGCAGCAUGGUCCUCGCCCAUGGUGUAGACGUUUGACAGAAGGACUGCCUUGGGCCAUUAGAAUGUUCUUUUGGCUAAGCCUAAAGGCCUUGCUGCUGUACAACAUUUCGGUCGCAGCAAGAAUGAAGGACCUGCCGUGGGACUGCCCGGCGAUAUGCUACAAGAACAGCCGAGGGAUCAAGAUCCCUCUGGGCAAGAUCGACAGCGCAGCAUAUCUCUUCCAGACCCCUCUUUACGCCAAGGUUGCUUUGACAUACUCAAUGGCCUCAUUGUUGUUCUUUGGCUCUCGGAAACUGAUUUAUUUUGCUCUCUACCUAUGGACUCACAUUCAUGUACCCGAGUCUCUCCGUCGGCUGGAAGAGAUAACCAAGGAGGAGAUGCAGAUUGGGUUUGGCCAGACCAUGGCCGUUAUUCUUCUCGUGCUUCUUGCUUUUCAAUUGGCUAUCUCUAUUUCAGAAAACGACGAACCAACACAGGACGCCGAAACGGACGGUCUUAUCAGAGACAAUAAUGUCGAUGUGGACAACAUCACGGAUGACACCUCACAGGUAGUGAUCGUCAUCGAGCCUACAGAAAUUUCGAGUGUAGUAUAA